AGUCCACACUUUCCGGUCGUUUGAAAUGCAAAGGAAAGUUUUAGACGACAGGGAAAGUUUUCCUCUGACUUAAUUAGGGGGUUUUCCUAGUUCCCUGUUUGGUUGUAUCGAAAACGGAACGUUAUUACGUUGAUCUCGUAUCUCUCCCGGAUUCCCAAUUCAAAACUAGAGAGAAACUUCAAAGUUGAACCCUCAGCGUAAAGAUUAAAGAUUUAGCGGUGAAGAUAUUAAUCAUAAAAUGGGAGAUGGCGAGGCUACUGUGGAUCAAAAGAAGAGAAUCGUGUUUGUAACAGUGGGGACAACACUAUUCGAUGCUCUUGUGAGAGCGGUGGAUACAAGGGAAGUUAAACAAGAAUUGUUUAGAAGAGGGUAUACUCAUCUCCUUAUUCAAAUGGGUCGAGGAUCUUAUACGCCCACCAAGUCUGAAGGAGAAGAUGGAUCUGUUGCCGUCGACUACUUCACUUUUUCAUCAAGUAUCGCGGACCAUCUAAGAUCAGCAUCUCUUGUCAUCAGUCAUGCAGGGUCAGGAAGUAUAUUUGAAACUCUGCGGCUCCAUAAACCCUUAAUUGUAGUGGUUAAUGAAGAUUUGAUGGACAAUCAUCAAACUGAACUUGCAGAAGAACUUGCGGAAAGGAAGCAUUUAUAUUGUGCUCGUCCUCAAACAAUUCAUCAUACAAUAGCCGAUAUGGAUUUAGAAUCGCUUCUUCCAUACCCUGCUGGUGAUGCAACCCCGGUUGCCAAACUUAUAAAUAGGUUUCUUGGUUUCCCUGAUGAUGGAUGAGUUUAUAUAAUUGUUGUUAAUUAAAAAGCCAUAAGCAUCCUCUUUCUGCAAAAUAUUGAGUUGUCUUAUAAGAUGAGGUAGAAGGCAUUUUUGUACAACAUGUUUAGUCAUCCGAGGAAAGUUUGAACUGAUCCAAUUCUUUGUUUUUUAAGACCACAUAUAAUGUAAUGUACAAUUAAUAUACUACACUACAUGACGUUUUUUAAACUAUGAGGUAAUUAUAAUCAAGGGAUACCGGAUUUGUUUAUCGAUAA